GCGCGGAUCAUCGACGCCUGGUUCGGCCAGUGGGCUCCCGAGGCGCUCAAGCACCCACGGUUUGCAGACUUCGCCACCGGCAUCCGCGUGGUGGAAGACGUGUCUGAGACCAGAGCGCUUCAGGCGCGGCUCCAGUGCGCAGGCUUGGGCAGCUUUCUGGAGCUGCGGCGGACUCCCCUGGAGAUCCUGGGUCUGCUUCCAAAGGAG